AACCAACAUAUGAAUUUUUAGAACUUAAUCUAACUAGUAGGUACCUUUAAUAGGCCAAUUGGCUACAGGGCGUACUUUGCCUAUCGCUGCCGAUCGUUCAACUAGUGUAAAUACCAAGUAGUAACCCAGUAAAUAGUGAACAAAACAAAAUUAGGGCUACCUAUUUUUAAAUACGACGAGUACAUGUCGCUUCGUAAACAUAAGACACACAACGGUUUUUCUGUUAUUGACAAUACAGUAACCAAUUUUUUGACCAGUCCAGUGAAUAACGAGCUUUAACGUUUAGAUUAAACACUCAUUUAAAUACAUAUAAACUAAUAUCUACAGCAUUUGUGCUUAUUUAUCUAAAAAAAAUGUCAGGCAUAUUAAUUUAAAACGAUUGUCGAUACAUGUUUUCACUUAGGUAUCUUUAUAUCUUUUCAUUAUAAAUUUGUUACUGUACUUACUGUCUAAGAUUUUGUGGUCAUUUUCUUGUAUCUUAUACAUUGUGUAUUCAAUCAAUAAUUAAAUAUGACAAAGUUAUUAAAAGUUUAAAUUUUCAUAAUUACUUUGUAAGUAUACCUAAUUUGCAACAUGCGAGUCCUCGCAAUUGAUGAAUGAACCUAGAGAUAGUCUGAUAGUGUCAAUGAGAUAUCAUGCAAUCCACCUGGUCAUCGUUCUCGUCGAACCCGUCGCUUGUAACGAAGGGCUCGGCGAGUAAAUUGACCCACAGUUAGGUAUAGCCCACUGAGUUUCUCGCCGGAUCUUCUCAGUGGGUCGCGUUUCCGAUCCGGUGGUAGAUUCAGCAAAGCACUGCUCUUGCUAGGGCUAGUGUUAGCAACGUCGUCAGGUUUGAACUCCUGCUUGUUAGGGUUACGCUGAAAUGGCCUCUCAAGGCCAUCAGCUUAGGAAAAAAAAUGUGAUCCACAAGUAGGUACCUAAGUACGUAAUCAUUAAAAAUGCGGUUAGCCGAAAAUUAAUGAAAUCAGAAUUAAUUAAAAAUAAAGGUGAAUGAAUAGAAACAACGAAAACCAACUAAAUAAACUAAUUUGUUCUUAUUCAGUAAGCUCUCAGAUUGAUGAAUAAACCACUCUAAUGAAUAUUUUAAAGAUGAUACCACCAUCGUUCGGAUAUGUAGGCAGGCUAUUUUAGAUCAGAGCGAACUGUUUAAAUUAUUAUUAUACACCAUCUAACUCCAUCCAGAGCAAAUUCACAUUUCAUUUUGGCAUUCUAAUGUCAAGUCUUGUCGCUAAGAGCUAUUUAUCAAUGUAGAAUAUUUGAGUUCGAAGUUGUUUGCUUGGUUUAAAGGUGAUUGCGCUGUGAACAUCAACAAUAACAAAAUAACACGGCACACACUUAAUCCAGUUAAUUUAAAUGAAUAACUUUUUUUUGCGUAAAUUCUAAGAAAAAUAUUUAUUGAAAUGAUUAAGGCAAAUUCACGGCAAUCGUGAGCAUUCAGUUUUAUUUUCACAGUGGCGGUGGUCUGACGUGUUGUGACGUUGCAAAAAUUCUCGCAUUCAAAGUUACGAAAUAAUUUCACAACCUUCUUUAAGUGAUUGUUGCACUAUGAAUUCAACGAACAAUGUUUCCGACGAAUGUAACCGUACUAACGAGAUGUUACAUUUUCAAAGCACCGUGUUAAUAUGGAGUCCAUACGUCUACCUCUGGUUGGCUACAGCAUUUGAAGUUUAUUACUUCAUGACGAGCCGCGAAAAAAACAUACCGUGGACAGUAUUAAACAUUACCAAGCUGGUUAUGAUAACGCUUCUUGUCAUUUUAAAGUGUGUGGAUUUCGGAAUGACCAUAUACUUCCGGUUGCCGCAAACAUUGGCUUUCCAACACAUCAUGAAAAUAUUGACGUUUACGUUGUCAGCAAGCUUAGUAUGGCUUAACAAAAAACAUGGAAUGCGAGCUUCCGGCGUACUGUUUUUCUUCUGGUUACUGUUAGCUGUCAUCGAAGUACCCAGGCUGUGGUGCAAAGCAUUGGAAUUGAAAAUGAACUUCGUAAACGGAAUACAAUACGGAUUUAUUAGUCUUGCUAUCCAUUACGGACUGAUAGUAUUAUUGUUAAUAUUGAAUUGUUUCGCUGACGCAGCGCCACGUGAUUCCGUGUACACGGAUUCUCAGAACCAAUGUCCCGAAAGAUCUGCUGGUUUUCUAAGUCGUCUAACCUUCAGUUGGUUCGAUUCUUUAGUACUAAAAGGAUAUCGUAAGGAAUUUGAAGAAGGCGAUGUGUGGGAUUUGAAUUAUCAAGAAUCUUCUUCAGAAGUCGUACCAAGAUUUAAGAAAUACUGGGAACAACCGGCAAAUAGACGUAACUCAUCAACAAAACACAUAAAAGCAAAAUUUCGAAGAAGAUCAACUGAUAGAACCAUGAAAACUAAUACUAAAAAUCGAACUGUGUCAAUAUUACCAGCUCUUUGCUUUGCCUUCGGAGGACAGUUCAUGUUUGGGACAUUCCUGAAACUGCUGAGUGAUAUUUCCAUUUUUUUAUCACCACAACUGCUCAAGCUUCUUAUAGGGUUUAUAAGCAGCGAUGAGCCAACAUGGAGGGGCUACUUAUAUUCUUUCCUGUUCUUUGGUUGUGCCGCUCUUGAAACAACGCUGUUGAGUCAUUACACUUUGAAAAUGAACAUUGUCGGAAUGAGGAUAAGAACAGCAUUAACGAACGCUAUUUACCAAAUGGCUCUUCGCAUGAACAAUACGACGCGGAAGCAGUCGACAGUUGGUGAAAUUAUUAAUCUGAUGUCCGUGGAUGCCCAAAGAUUCGUCAGUUUGACAAGCACAUUAAACAUGAUUUGGUCUGCGCCUUUUCAGAUUGUGCUUGCUAUUUAUUUUUUGUGGGGCGUACUAGGUCCUUCUGUUCUCGCCGGAUUGGCGGUUAUGAUUCUUUUAAUUCCAAUGAACGGUUUCAUUGCUCGUAUGGAAGAGAAACUGGAAAUCAGAUUAAUGAAAUUCAAAGAUAACAGAAUUAAAAUCAUGAAUGAGGUGUUGAACGGAAUUAAGGUCCUAAAAAUGUAUGCUUGGGAAUUAAGUUUUCAAGGACAGAUUGACCAAGUGAGAAAUAAAGAACUUAAUAUACUGAAGAAAGUGAUUUACUUAGAUUCCCUGACGUCAUUAACGUGGUCUGCGACACCAUUUCUGGUUUCACUCACGUCUUUUGGGUGUUUUAUUUUAGUAAAUGAUUCGGAGAGUUUGGAUUCAAAGAAAUUAUUUGUGGCCUUAUCUCUAUUCAACAUAUUACGUUAUCCAUUAAUGAUGCUGCCAAACACAAUAUCAAAUAUCGUUCAAACUUCCGUUAGCAUAAAACGUUUAAAUAAAUUUUUGAAUUCAACGGUUUUAGAUUUAGAAUCAAUCGAACAUGACCCUCAAUAUUCCUAUCCGAUAACUGUGGAAAACGGACACUUCUCGUGGGAAGGUCAAGAUUCUAGUACGGUGUUGAGAAAUAUAAAUUUGCGUGUGCCCCGAGGUUCUUUGGUGGCAAUAGUCGGUGCUGUGGGCGCCGGGAAGAGCUCGUUACUGUCCGCACUUUUGGGCGAGAUGACUAAGGUGUCGGGACGUGUCAACGUUCACGGUACAAUAGCAUACGUGUCACAAGAGCCAUGGAUACAGAAUGCCACAUUGAAAGAUAACAUUCUCUUCGGGAAGCCGUUUAAUAAAUACAAAUAUAAGAAUGUACUAAACGCCUGUACUCUUGUGCAAGACUUGGAAAUAUUUCCCGGAGGAGAUCUAACUGAGAUAGGUGAAAAAGGUAUAAACUUAUCGGGCGGUCAGAAGCAGCGCGUGUCGCUGGCGCGCGCCGUGUACCACGAGGCGGACAACUACCUGCUGGACGACCCGCUCAGCGCCGUGGACUCGCACGUCGGCAAGCACAUCUUCGACAAGGUCAUCGGGCCCGCCGGCCUGCUCAAGGACAGGACGCGCGUCUGGGUCACGCACAACGUGUCCUACCUCGCGCAGACCGACCUGGUCGUCGUGCUGCGCGACGGACAGGUCUCCGAGGCCGGCUCCUACCAGCACCUGCUCGAGAAGAAGGGCGCCUUUGCUGACUUCCUGCUUCAUCAUCUAAGCGAUGCAGAACGGUCAUCAGUCGAAUCUGUCAGAAAACAAGACCACGAAUACAGAUGCUCAAGGACAGAAUCCCACCAGAAUUUACAAAGAAUUCGUUUACAUUCCGAGAGCAACUCAGAAGCAGAGGACCGAUCAGGAAAACUAGCUAUCAGCUUUAAAAGAAGUAUCGAAGAAAUUAUUUUAAAUAAAUCCGCCGAGCACGUUAGUUAUACUGAAAAAGAGAAAUCUGAAAGGGGCAGUGUUUCGUGGAUGGUUUACAAGCACUACUUGAAAAACAUCGGCGUACUGGCCGCAGCAGCUACUAUACUAAUGAACGUGGUUCUACAGCUCUUUCAUAUCGGUUCGAGCUAUUGGUUGGCAGAAUGGUCCGACAACGAGAACGAAGUUGUUAACAGUACUAUGAAUUUGAACCAGCGGAACAAGUACCUCGCAGUAUACGCUGGCCUCGGUAUGGGACAAGCGAUAUCGUCAUUUCUAGCCGACUUGAUACCAUACUUGGCGUGCUGGCGAGCUGCGAAGGUCAUCCACGAACUGUUACUGGACAAUGUGUUAAAGACGCCGUUGCAUUUUUUCGAAGUCACGCCUAUUGGCAGAAUACUGUCAAGAUUCUCUAAAGAUAUUGAAAUUAUUGACUCUAUGCUACCUUCUCAAUUAAUCAAUGGGGUGUAUUGCGUCUUCGAACUCAUUGGCAUUUUAUUCGUGAUAAGCUUGUCGACGCCAUCAUUCUUAGCAAUAGUUGUACCAGUAGGUCUAGUGUACUAUGUAAUACAACGGUUCUACGUGGCUACGUCUCGUCAGCUCAAGCGGCUAGAGUCCAUAGCUCGCUCGCCGAUAUUCUCACACUUCGGCGAAACGAUCAGUGGAGCAGCCACCAUUCGCGCUUUCAACGUAACCGAGAGGUUUAUUGAAGAAUCAAAUGAAAAGUUAGAUCGCAACCUCGCUUAUUGCUAUGCGAUUGUAGUAGGAAAGCGAUGGCUUGGUUUCCGAUUAGAAUUCAUUGGAAACUUCAUAUUAUUUUUCGCUGCAAUGUUUGCUGUUCUCAGCAGAGAUACUAUAAGCUCGGGUCUCGUGGGACUUUCCUUAACCUACGCUAUGCAGGUAACUGCAUCGUUGAAUUGGCUUGUUCGGCUAGCUUCUGAAAUUGAAAGUAAUAUUGUAGCUGUAGAACGGAUAAAAGAAUACUCUGAGAAAAAUAAGGAAGCUGCGUGGAACUUAGGGAAAGGGCCCGGCGUGACGUGGCCCGAGACGGGAGCGCUACAGCUGGAGCAGCUGACGCUGGAGUACCGCCCCGGCGAGCCGGCGCUGCGUGACGUCACGUGCACGGUCGCGCCGCGCGACAAGCUCGGCAUCGUGGGACGCACCGGCGCCGGCAAGUCUACUCUCACGCUCGGGCUCUUCAGGAUCGUGGAGGCAGCCGCCGGACGCAUCCUGAUCGACGGCGUCGACAUCGCGACCCUCGGGCUGCACCAGCUGCGGUCGCGCAUCACCAUCAUCCCGCAGGAGCCGAUCCUGUUCUCGGGCACGCUGCGCACCAACCUGGACCCGUUCGAGGCGUAUAGCGACGAGGAGAUCUGGCGCGCGCUGGAACACGCCCACCUCCGUGCCUUCGUGCAGGGGCUGCCGGCCGGGCUGCGGCACGAGGUGGCGGAGGGCGGCGAGAACCUGUCGGUGGGACAGCGCCAGCUCGUGUGCCUGGCGCGCGCGCUGCUACGCAAGACGCCGCUGCUGGUGCUGGACGAGGCCACCGCGGCCGUCGACCUCGAGACUGACGACCUCAUCCAGAAGACGAUCCGCUCGGAGUUCGCGUCGUGCACGGUGCUCACUAUCGCGCACCGCCUCAACACCAUCAUGGACUCCACCAAAGUGAUGGUGCUCGACCGCGGGCAGCUCGUAGAAUAUGCGGCCCCUCAACAACUACUUAACGAUAAAAACUCCAUUUUCUACUCCUUAGCAAAAGAUGCUGGAAUUGUCAGUUGAUUUUGGUGAAAAAUAUUGUACUGUGUAUUAUUUUGCAUGAUAAUUACGUCGGACGUGACUUUUUUAAAGUAGCAUAUUAAUGCCAGAGCACUGAAAAUUAAUAUAAGACACAUAUUUCUUUGCAGCGACAAAGAUAGUUAUAAUGAAUCCAAACCAUUAAAUUGUAAUUUUAUUUUAAUUUUUAAUGCGAAUUUUGAUUUAAUUACUUUACCUCUAUAGUCGGAUUUUUUAUUAGACGAAGUCAACUGACGUUUACUGUGUUGUCAGUUUUUGAUGAAAUAAAAAUAGUGUUGUGACAAAGUGAACGAUUGAAAAAACUCCUGAAUUAAUUAAAUUGCCUCGAUUGUCUAGUGAAUAGUCGGUGUGCCGAAUUUCCGAUAUCUGGUACGGGGUUCGAAUUUUAGGCGUGCUUUGUACAUACCAACGACUUUUCGACGAAAUAUUAUGUUCCUAAAGUAUCUACCUGUACGGAAUAUCGAGUGUUUUAAACAUUAAGAAAAACAUUGCGAGGAAGCUUGUAAGACUGUCCUAUUUCCAAUACAUCAUAUAGUUGAAACUAUAGAUGUAUAAAAUAUAACAAUUAUAGGUAGGUAAUGAAAAUAAAAAAACUGAUUGUAGUUACAUACUAGUAACAUAUAUUGGAGCACUUUAAUACAAUUUUGUUGUACAAUAUAAAUUAUAUUCUUUUAUAAUUUGAAAUUAAUGAUUAACUCUUCACACUCAUUGUUCAUUCAUGUGAUUGAACGAGAACUGAACGCAUCACUAUUACUUUAAAUAUAGCAACAUUAUUUCACAAAGUGACAUUAGCUACUGUCAGCUGGCUUCGUCUAAUUAAAAAUCCGACUAUAGUGUUCAUUAAUUUACGGGCUAUCCAUCACAGGAUCGCUUCAUUCUGGCAAUGUUUCUCAUAAAUCUUGAUUUUCGGUAUUACCGUAUCUACUAGAAACGGCACCUUGUAUUUAGCGCAUUUUAUGACACAGAUAUAUAUAUCAACAGGCUGUAUUCGGAGGGUCUUAUAUAAAAUGAGUAAUCGGGGCCUUGUAAGCUUGUUAUCACUGUCAAAUUCAGAAUUGUUCGAAUAAAAUAAAAUGCUCUUCUAUCCUUUUAUAAACUUAUUUAAAUGGAUGAUUUUUUGCAAGUCAACACAUUUGACAGGUUUUAAUUUGAAGAAGUACCUACUCGGGUACUUUAGCGUAUUCGAUAUUAACGUACCUACCUACGUAAGUACCUACCUCUUUUUUUGAUUUCGCAUAAAUCGCAUAGGUAGGUAUUUAGUUUAGUUUAAACAUAGAAAAACAGAAGAUGCCACAAAUAUAUAUUUAUAUUUUUGGUCUAAGGCCUCAAGUAUAGUUACAAUGGCUGCCCCAUCUUUCAGACCGAAACGCAUUACUGCUUCACGGCAGAAAUAGGCAAGGUGAUGGUACCUACCCGUGCGGACUCACAAGAGGUCCUACCACCAGUAAUUACGCAAAUUAUAAUUUUGCGGGUUUGAUUUUUAUUACACGAUGUUAUUCCUUCACCGUGGAAGUCAAUCGUGAACAUUUGUUGAGUACGUAUUUCAUUAGAAAAAUUUGUACCAGCCUGAGAUUCGAACACCGGUGCAUCGCUCAACACGAAUGCACCGGACGUCUUAUCCAUUAGGCCACGACGACUUCUAUUUCAUCCUUUAAAUAUCAUCUGAUCUCAUUUCAUUUAAUUUCAUCCCAAUUGAUUAAUGUCUCAAAUUAAUCAUCUUCAUUUCAUUUCACUCCAUAUUAUAAAUUUUCAUAAAAAUAAGAUUAAAAAUUAAGAUAAGACUUGACCUACAGGUCUUAGUUACCAGGUCAUAAAAUCCCUUAAAAAAAGUGUAAUAACGGCUUUUUGGCGGGAACGCGAGGAGUGAAGUUGUGUCAUUUGUUUUAUUUUGUCUAUUUAGAAUUUAGUGUUUCUUCAAGUUUAAAUGUGUAAUAAUGGUGGUUUAUUAACUGUUUAAUAUCUGUGAAAGUGCACAAAUGUGGGAUAAUGAAACAUAGCCGUUGGACGUAACUUCUCGGGAUCCUCCAAAAAGUCCACUGAAAAAUUUCAGUAAAUGACCACCAUCUUACUAAAAUUAUAUUUUAUCCCAUAUCAUUUCAUCUCACCUCAUUUCAUUUAAUUUCAUCCCAGUUUAUUAAUGUCUCAAAUUAAUCAUUUCAUUUCAUUUCACUCCAUAUUAGAAUUUUUCAUUAAAAAAGAAUAUAAAUAAAAAUAAGACAUGCCUUAAAGGUCUUAGUUACCAGGUCGAAAAAUACCUAAAAAAAAGAUUACAACAAUGAUUUGAAAUUUUGAAUAGGUAGCGUACUGAUCUUCAAUCAAUUUAUUAAAAUCUAACUAAUUGUGUAUUAUCAAAAUAUAUACUGAAAUGGAUAUUAUAUUCAAGAAAAUAAACUCUAUAGAACAUUUUGAUAUAAUAUGUAACGAAAUAAUAAACAACAUGUAUACUCGAAGCGAUGAAAAGAUUUCAGAAAUUGUUGAAAAUAAUGUGAUUCAAACUGCAAAACAGGAGCUCCGGACUAUCAUUUCAACGAAUAAAUAUGACAUUAACAUGAUUAUAGAACACUUGAACACUAAAGAUUGGAAUCAAGAAAAACUUAUCGCUUUUUUAGAUUUAUUGAAAAAAAAAUUGUCAGAUAUUGUACUAAUGAGUAUUUAUCAUCACAAUUGUUCGUAUGGGGAAGUUAUUACUAGCUUUGAUUGGCUCUUGAAGCUUGUUCUUGGGAGCAGCGAAUCUAAAACUAGUCAGUACCCUAUCCUGCAACUGAUAACAAGCUCUAUAAAUUUUAAUGGAGAAGCAAAUACAAUGAUUUAUGAUCUUGAUAAAGAAAUGGUGCUUAGAAUGAUAAAUUCCCUCGAAAGAGUAAUAACUUGAAUGAAAUACUAUACAUUCUGGUAAAAUGAAGAAUUAAAAUAUAAUUCAUGGCUUUAGAAACAAACUUUGCUCUAAAGCUGAAUUCAGACUGAGUAAUCCCAUAUUUUUUUAAAUAGUUCACAUUUUAUAUAAUAAGUUUACUCUUUGAUCAGUGCCUUAAAGGUGAUCUCACUUUUUGAUUAUUUCCAUUUUUAUUUUCGUAUAUAAUUACAGUCAAACCUGGGUAAAUGAGAACUGGAUAAGUGAGAAAACUCUAUAAGUGAGAGUAAUAGCCAGGAACCGUCAUUUUAAGCCUCUAUUAGCGAGAAACAAAAACCUUGAUAAGAGAGUCGUUUUUCCCUCAUGGACCUCCGUAAGCGAGACUGCUACUUAUCUAUUAUACCUCUAUAAGCGACAGUUGAGCUUUAGUUAUUUAUAUUAUUUAGGAGGGACAAAUGACAAAACAAAUUACAAAUUUAACAUCUGCUAUUUUAUGACUCAUUUUUAACUUUCGUGGAACUUCCUACAAUUGUUUUUGUAUUGUUUUCUCGUCAAUAUUGAACCUAUUCUAUUUCGUGAAACUAAAUAACUUGUUAUUUUAUCGCAUUCUUUUUGAAUGGACACGUGUGCCUGUGUACCGUCCUGUUUGUCGGACUUACUCAGUUUAUCGUUAAUCAAUUGCGAAGAAAAGUUCUGUUCUGCAUCAUGUCAAAACGGAAAAUUAAAAUACUGUCAUUAAGUGAUGAUAAACUUAUAAUAGUGAAUGUGUUUGAAUCUAGAAAAUCGCGAAAUGAAAUUCAGAGGGUGCAUUAGCGAGAAAUUCGGGUUAGUGAGAAACCUCUAUAAGCGAGAAUGAGAUUGUGCUCCCUUGAACUCUCGCUUAUCCAGGUUUGACUGUAUUUACAAUAAUGUUGUUGAAAAGACCUCAGUGCAAGACAGAUUUCCUGUAUCUGUGGAUUUGUGCUUGGGGAUCUGGAAAUAAAUUUGAAAAAUGCUAAGGCUCCUACGAUACUCCUGCAUCACUAAUGUUAAUAUAGAGAUAAUUCCCAAAAUUAACAUGACUAUUAAAUACUGCAGUACAUAGAAACAAAAUAUAUAUUUUUAAGCUAAGUAUAUACUUUAUAUAUAUUAUUAUAUUUAUAUGCCCUACACCCCAGCAGAGGGUAAUAAGAAAGAAUGAUGAAGUAUAUACUUUUCCAUCUUGAAAUUUCAUAAAUCAGCCUGCAAUCAGUCAGUGGCACUGCACAGUGCAAUUACAUGGUGGCAGCACCCAGCUUUACUGAACCUAGAGUACUGAAUUUUAAUACCAAGCAAAAUAUUGAUAAAUACUCAACAUUGAUUAAAAAUUAUUGAAAUAUAAAUAUAUUGCAAAAA